AUGUCGCGCUGCGUGACGUCAGGGGAGGAGACAUGACGUAUUUUCAACGCGACUCGGGCGGGCGAUUUGAUUUCAGCAGCGCUUGUUGUUGUGGCUGGAGUUAGUGGUGAGUUUUACAAAGUUUUAGACUAUUUUAAGUUUAAAUACUGAGCGGAAAGGACGAAGAGAUGCCUCUGGAAGUAAUGAAGGAGGUGGAUGGUCCAAACGAGCCGCAGAGGAGACGAUCGGCGCGGUUAAGUCCUCCACAGACAAAUCAAACAAGUGACAACAAAAUGGCGCCUUCUGCAGCUUUGGUGAAACGCCGCAUCACAGUGAAGAAAAUUGCGCCCAGAAAAACGACUUUAGCCCCGUCAGAGCACGACAAGGAGAACACGCCGAAGAGAACAGCUUCAGAAGGCGUCCAGUUGAAAAAACAGAAGAUUUCCACACCAGACAAUGUCCACACUCGAAACAGCUCCUCUGGGAAGAAGCCAAAGAAGCCCACCAUGCCUUCACCCAUCCUCCCAUCUCCUCCUCCAGCUCUCACCGCCAAGAGCCCCAAAGUCCAGAGCAGAAACCAGACCCCGCAAGUCCAGACCAGAAACCGAACCCCCAGAAACCAGCCCCCCAGAAAUCAGACACCCAAAGUCCAGACACCCAAAGUCCAGACCGAAACCCAGGAUCAGAACCAUCAGCUCGACCCAGCAGACAAGGUUUGGUCCCAGAAAGUCCGCCGCUCCUACAGCCGACUCAGCGACAAAUCCCUCAACAGCCCCAACUCUCGCCUCACACUUUUUGGAUUCGAGAAACUCCAAACCCCAGAGGUGAUCCGUAAAGAUGGGAACAAAACCGGUCUGGAAGCUUCCAGAUCUUUGUCCGGGCUCGCCUCGUUCAUGUCUUUGUUGGAGGCGGAGGACUGCGUAGAUGAACCGGAUCUGAACAUCCCGGGAGUGGUGGUAGUCAAAGAGAAAAGGAAGAGGAAGAAGGUGCAGCCGAUUGACAAUAACGAAAUGGAGGAACUGGCGGCAAAAAUGAAUGCGGAGUUUGAAGAGGCGGAGGAGUUUGAGUUGUUUGUGGAGUGAAGAUUUUUAAAGGACUGUGAAAUGUGGACUGGAAAAUAUACAGCAGUUAGGCAAAACAUUAAGACUAUAAGACUAGAGUAUAUAUCUUUAUAUGUGAUUCCCUCCUUCGACUACUUUCUUAGAAUAAAUCAGGUCCAAACCAGGACUAAACCUGUAAUGAGACUACUUAGUAAUGACUGAAACAGGUCUAAACCAGAACUGAAUCAGGUUUAAACGAUGACUAAAGCAGGACUACACCAGGAAUAAACCAGGUCAGAACGAGGACUAAAGAAGGACUUAACUAGGACUGGCUUGUAGAGAUGCUUUUUGACCCAGUCUUGUUGACAAGCGAUUUUUAGCUGUACAGGGCUUUGAGCACCACCUUGGAGUAAAUAAUAUAUUCCAGUUAAAGAGUGAAUAGGCCCCAGGUUACUAUUUUCAGAAGAAAUAGCAAAAAUAACAACUCCGGGACUAUUACAGCUGAUCAAACUCAAACCAUUACCUUUUAUAUCAGCUUUUAACACUUCAACUUUGUGGACUAAAUGCUCCUCAUAUCCAAUCUGAAGAAAUAGUUAUGUUGUUUCAGUUCAGUUGUUCUAUUGUUCUGCUUCAUUGAUGUUCAAAAUAAUUCUUUUUGGGAAAUUGCUUUUAUCAUUUUAUUAGAUCCUUUUAUUUUUAUUUUCCAUUUUUAGAAGUGUUUUAUUGUUGUAAAGCAGUUACUUUUAACAUGGCUGAGUGAUUUGUAGCUAGCUCUUACUUUCACUGUAUGUGGUAUUGUAAUUCCUUUGUUUACAAUAAGACCAAAACAUCUAUUGGAAAUCUGGAACAUCAUAGAUCAAAAUAGCAUUCUGAUUAAUGAAACAGAUUUAAAAUAUAUUCACUUUUGCAUUGUAAAUAAAUACAUGUCAUUUCUUGAACAAUUCUAUGCUACGGUAUUCCAUUUUUAGUUUUUACAGCUAGAGUAUAUGAGAUUUUUAUUUCAAAUUUCAUAAACGUAACCAAGAUAUGAGAUAGACCUGUUUAAAUCAACUAUUGCUUUUACUGAUUGUAAUAGUUUUAGUUUUAGAAAAACAUGGUACAUGAUGCAUGUCCAUGUACAGGUUCAGUUGUGGUACCGGAUAUCCACGGUGAUACUGAAAAGUUAGUUAGCUCGGAUAUCGGCCUCUACAUAUCGAUUCAGCCAAUAUCCUGGUUGGACAUGUAAUAUGAUCUACUAUUUACUGGUCAUUAGGGAUGUAACAAUAACUGAAAUAUCUUGAUAUCGUAUCGUCAAAGUUCUCACAGUAAUAUUGUGGAUAUCACAAUAUAUCAAAUUACAAGUCUCUUUGCUUAAAUUAAGAGUUUUGGUGCAGCAAUAGCUAAAAAAAAAGAGAGAGCGACCUACAUAGACCAUGAUCCUUUGCUCCAUUUCAAUGCAAGCUACAGGAAGAAAUGACAGUUCUAAGCACUUUUAAGUCUUAGCUUUUUGGAUUAAGUCUUGUCAAGGCAUUUUAAGAGGAAAAAGUUCCAUAUUCACAGUUUUGUUAGCCUCCACAAAAUAUCGCAAUAUCGUACCGUAAGAUGUAUAUUGUGAAAAUAUCAUACAGAGAGAUUUGGAUGUUGUUACAUCCCAUGAGUUUCCCAUGAGUUUCCCCGCCAUAUCGUGAGCUUUCUCGUGAUAUCGCAAGAAAUAUACUGUGAGGUUCAUACUGUGACAAUAUCGUAUCAUGAGACUCAUAGUUGGCCCAGAAAGUCUCAUAAUGCUUAUACAAAGUUGUUCUGUAAUUACUAGAGGGAUAAAUAUUAUUAUUAUUUUUUAAAUUAUUUUAUUUUAUUAUUUUAUUUUAUAUAUGUAAUUUUUAGUCUGCACUGAUAUCUGGUAUUGGCAACGCUACAGUAUCGAAAUUGGUAUCAGAACUGAAAAAGCUGUAUCAGUGUAUCCCUAGUAUUUAUGAGGAGAAUCUAACUUGAUCUAAUGUAAACUGAAAUCAGAUUUUCGCUCAUGCAGAUAUUUUACACACUGCUUGUAUUCAAACCCACUCUUGACUUUGCUGCAGCUCAGAGAUCAUAAUCGGUGAGUGUGAGUCUCUGCUCUGUCAGAAAUAACCCCCUCAGCUCUGUGUUCUGAGCUGUUCCUCGUGAGUAAAAACAGGUCUGACUGAAUGACAAAUGAAGCCUGACGUUCACCUGCUCAUAAUGACACACAGGCAGAGACACAGAGAUCCAGAUGUGUGUUCAGAUGUGUCAGAGGAGGUUAAACAUGCUCUAGUCUACUGCGGAGGAGAAUUUGCACAUGUUAUGGUGGAAAAUGGGUUAACAAUAGACCUGUCACUAUUACACAUUUUGAAGCUUGAUAUAUUGAUACAGAGACACAACACUGAAACUACUUUAUGCUUCUGUAACAAUAACAAUAAUGCAAGACAAUCCCAGUAAACAAUUUUUAAAUAGACAGUAACAUUAAAAGGCCUGAACCACAACAGAUAAAUAACAGAAAGAAGCAAUAAUUAAGCAAUAUUAAGUCAUUUAUUCAACCAUCUACAUCUCAGAUCUUAUUGUAUAACAAGAACUGGUUCUAGUUACGCUUACUGGAAGGCGUUACGAAACAUGCGAAUGACAACUUCUGGUGUAGUUACUGACACUGGCCCAUAGAUUGUAUAAAGAAUAUUUAUAUAUACAGUCUAUGUCCUGGCCCCUUUAAACAGACAGAUUGACUAAGGACAAGUUUGAAGACACCUGUGAUGCAGAUUAGAGACACACCUAAGUUUAACAUGUCCCUAUUGUUCAAGUAUUUACAAUCUUUUCAUAAUUUUUGUCCAGGCUAUUUUCAUUAGUUUGUUUUUUUAAAUAAUUGUGUUGAACAACAAUUCAAAAACAGUGUCUGAUUUUCACUGGUUCUAAGUUGGUUUUAAGAUGGAUUUAAAGAGCAUAUGUUCAGGAGCUUGUGAUAGAUGCGAUUAAGGUAACCAUUUGUCUGGAUUUCGGUUGAACAGGUUUCUGAGCCUUUUGUCCAGACCUCUGUUAUGCGUCCUCAUUUUUGACAUUUUGUCCUCAUUUUGGAUCCUCUGCCGCCACCGUUGCAUGUAUCACCACAAGUCCCCGCCCAUAUUGCACCUGCGAUGCUGCGAUUGCAGUGUUUGAAACUGUUUGCUGUUGAACAAAAGCAAAUGCCAAAAAGGAAAACAUCCUUCAAACAUGCUUGAUGCUCAGAGCAUUGUUUUGCCAGCAAGAGCACCAAAGGAGAAUACUAUGCCUUCUGUAAGCUCUGCUGUAUUGACACUGAUGUGAGUAAUGAGGUAAAGGUGCGUUAGAGCACUGCAUAGUCUUCUUUAACGUCUUUUUUUUUGCCCCACCAACAACCAACACAACAGAUGAUUUAUUAGAUUUACAUUUUGUGGUCUAUUCUGUAUCACAGAAAAACCUGUAGCAACACAUGUAUGCUACUCAAAUAAAUACAUUGCUCUAAAAUGAUGUUGUCUUCAUGUAGCCUAUGUGAUACAUAAUCAUCUUGCUUGUCUUGAAUUUUAUUUAUUUUUUAUUUAUUCAAUAUUUUACCAGGUAAGUCAGUUGAGAACACCUUCUCAUUUACAAUGACGACCUGGCCAAGAGGCAAUAUUACAAAAAAGCACAAACAGGAAACACUCACACAUAGACUUUAACAUGAAACAGUGAAUAGAGAUAUAAGAGAGUGAAAUAUUUGCAGAUUAAAGAUAAAAAAGUGUUAAAAGCAUGUGCAAUUAUCCUGUAAAAUACUUUGGAUGGAGUUUUUAAAAGUCGACAGAGGUAAAAACAAACUAAGUUUUAAAAUUUGUUGAAGGUGGUUCCAGUCACUGUUGCAGAAAACUGAAAUGAGGAACAGCCCAAAGCUUUGCGGCUCUAGGAACAACCAGGGUCAUGUAUCUGUUUGUAUCUGUUUGUAUCUGUUGGAGCACAGUGUGAGUCUGGAGCUGUGGAUGUGCAGGAGUGAGCUGAGGAAGGAUGGAGUUUUACCAAUUAAACAUUU